AGCUGGAAAGGCAGCAGAGAGGCAAGUGCUGGCUUUGGUGUCAUUGUGCUGCACGGGGAGGCGAGCGCUCCGUCACAACAUGCUCUGCACAACCAGAAGCUGAGCCAAGUGAGAAGAGACUCCGGUGUGUCUCCAAAAAGAGAGCAUCAUGAGGACCACCGUCAGAGGUUGCUGAACGUGCAACUUUAAGACUUCACCUGAGUGGACAGAUCUCCACCGUGCCCAAAGGGAUUGCCACUGUCCUUCUCCGGUGCUCACUUUGCAUGGAUUAUAGUUCUGAGUGAGUGAGUGAGAAACUUAUAUAGCGCAACACAUGCGAACUGAAUCGUUCUGGUCUUCUGCACAAGUUGUGAUCUUCUCGGAGCAGCCAUGGAGAGCGAGGAAGAGUGGAAGAUCUCGGUAUGGCUGUGCCAGGAAGAGAAGAUGGUUUCGGGGCUCACCAGACGCACCACCUGCGCCGACGUGGUUAAAGUCCUGCUUGAGGACCACAACCAGAAGCAACCCGAAGAAGGGUCCAUGCUGUUGGGGCCUCCUCACUCUUACUGCAUCGUGGAAAAGUGGAGGGGUUUCGAGAGGAUACUUCCCAACAAAACGAAAAUAUUAAGACUUUGGACGGCUUGGGGAGAGGAGCAGGAAAACGUCAGGUUUGUGCUGGUUCGGAACGAAGCUUCGCUGCCUAAUAUAGGUCCCAGGAGCGCCGAAGCUAAGGUGGUCCUCAGCAGGGAAAGCCCGUGUCCUUUCAGAGGAACUACAAAUCCCACAACGGUGUUGACCCAAGAAAGGCAGCGCCGGGUGGUGAGAAAGGCUUUCCGAAAGCUGGCCAAGAUGAACAGGAAGCGUCAGGAGAGUUUAUCCAAGGAGUCCAACGCCGUGGAGAAGAUGGAAACGCUGGUCCAUAUGGUCCUCUCCCAGGAUCACACCAUCCGACAGCAGGUGCAGCGGAUCAAGGAUCUGGACAGAGACAUAGACAGGCACGAGGCUAAAAUCCAUUUUGACAGGAUGAAAAGACACGGGGUCAACUACGUCCAGGACACCUACCUGGUCGGGGUGGUCCCUGAAAAGGCUUGCGACAGCGGUAAAGAAGACAAAGGUUCUUCAGACCAGCUUUUUGUUGACUUUGAGGACUACGCUCAGCAAUGCGAGGGGGUCCUAUUACUGCAAGAUCAAAUAACGCAGCAGGAGGCAUUGAUCGAGCAGAUCACUGCCCAAAUCCAAGAGGAGCUAAACAAAAGGUGGAUGGACCGGCGUCAAGAGGAACUGUCCUCCUCGAAAGACCACCAGGACACGGACUCUACCAGCGGCGACCCGGCAGAUUGUGAAAACGAACUCUUCCUGGAGCAAGAACGGGUUAAAACGGAGCUCAGUACCAGUCUCUAUAUAGGACUGAGGUUGAACACCGACCUGGAGGCUGUCAAGGCCGAUUUGGAGUACACUCAAGAAGUGUGGGACGACAAGGAGAAAGAACUGCAAAGCCUUUUGCAUUGUAUGAGUGCCAUGGAACUCUCUGAACCUCGGGAGGGCUCCGAGGAGCUCAGUCCGGGGUGCUCUCAAGUGGUAGAGAGGAGCUCUGUGGACAGUCCAAAAGUUUGGGCCGAGAAAGGGGUGGAAAGGAGUACGAACUGCGAAGGGAACGACGAAGACUCAGACACGGGAUUAAGUUCCAUGCAUAGCCAGGACUCGGAUUCUGCACAAGUCUGUGAAUCUUUGGUAUAGCUGACGUUCCCUGUUGAUGCCUCUGGGGGGGCACGGGAGGGGGGGGGGGACACAAGUGCUAUUUAAUUCCUGUGGUUGGAAGGUCCACCUUUGGCGUCUAUAUCAAGCAGAUUACAGUCCUACGUGAACUUUCCGAUGUUUAACCGUUUUUUUUUUCUAUUUCCACAUCACUGGCAAAAGCACAUUCGAAACUCUGGGAACUCUUCCCUCUGGAAUGUAAGAUUUAUUUUAUAGUCGGACUGUAACCUUUCAAUAUUAUUAUUAUUAUUUGAGCAGUAUAAUGCACAUUAAAAAAAAAAAAAAAACACGCAGGAAAAAAAAAUUCUCCUGACUUGACAACCCUAGAAAGUCCUCCUAGGUACAAGUUUGUAAGCUUAUUUUUUUAAAUAAAUAUUUGCUAAAUGAUGAUUUAGCGCACUUAA